AUGUUCUUCGACCGGUCCUUACUUGCCAUGGGCAACAUCCUCUUUAUUAUUGGAUUGACUCUUAUCAUCGGUGUCCAAAAGACUAUAACGUUCUUCACGCGCCCACAGAAACUCAAGGGAACUGCCGCCUUCGCCGCCGGUAUCAUCCUCAUCCUGUUCCGCUGGCCUCUGACUGGAUUUUUGAUCGAGCUGUACGGCUUGUUCAUCCUGUUCGGGGAUUUCCUUGUUACAAUCGGUCAAUUCGCGGGGAACAUCCCCGUGAUCGGACCGUAUAUCCAGCGUGGCUUGGAAAUUCUCGCUGGUGGUAGGAGCAACGCCGAGCUCCCUGUAUGA